AUGGCGCGAGCGGAGCCGCCGGCCGCCACCUUUGAGCGGCGGGUGCUGCGGAGCGCCGCGGAGCACCACUACCUGCGCGUCCGCCUGGAGCUGCCGGACGGCGGGGCCCGGCCGAGCGUCGCGCAGUUCAAGCAGCUGGUGGUGUCGGCGCUGAGGGAGCUGCACGGAGAGGUUGGAGCAGCUUUGCCUGUUGACGUCUUAACAUAUGAAGAAAAAACUCUGUCUGCCAUAUUAAGAGUUAUUAGCAGUGGCCUCGUCAAGCUGUGGAGUGCUCUAACAUUGCUGGGCUUCUACCAGAACAGGAGGUGUGCCUUUCGAGUGCUGCAGACAUCUCCAUUUCUUCUUGCGUUAUCUGGGAACAGUAGAGAACUAGUCUUGGACUGA